AUGCCAAGCCCGCGCUUUGAGCACGUGGGUGUUGCCGAGCGGCGCCACCACUUUUUCUCGAUUGGCAGAAGAAGUAAGCGCGUCGCGAUGCUCGAUGAGCAUAUUCAGCUCCUAAUGGAGAACACCAAUUCCAUCACAGCCCGCUGCCUGUGCAAGGCACACACCUUCACCGCAUCCGUCGCAGCAUCGAGCCUACCCCUCCCGGCCGAAUGCUGCCACUGCGACUCUUGCCGCCACGUAACUGGCUCGCUGUAUCUCUCGAGCGUCGAGUGGCCCAACCCGGACGAAGAUCUCUCCGGGCUGCAUUGCUACCCCUUUUCGUCCAACAUACAUCAAUACUCGUGUCCGACCUGCUCGUCACAACUAUUCAGCAAGCUCAAGGGCGGCAACAACGGCGCAAGUGACAAGCUCGAGGUUUUUACUGGUGUACUAGAAAACGCCCCAAACCUCGUAAAGUACACCAAGCACAUCUUCGUAGGGGAUACCCUCGACGCCGGCGCAACCAUCUGGUUCUCCAAGGACGUGUCCUCGGGCGAGCCAAUCCCCCGGUGGAGCGGACGGGAGGGUCUGAGCGAGCAGCUCCCGCCGGAUUGGCCGGCCCCAUCCUCCUCUGGGGCUAAAACACCCGAGGAACCACACCCGGAAUUCACUCCGCUGCGGUGCCACUGCGGGGGUGUGAACCUUCUCCUCCGUUCCGCCGUCGACAUACCACAAGUCCCUGCGAGAGAUACAGACAGUCCCAAUCCGAAACUGCCGUGGUACAUCGACCCAGAAACCCACCGAUACCGCGCUAACACGGACUGCUGCGACUCGUGCCGGCUCACCUUCGGAACCGACCUCGUGCACUGGACGUUUGCGGGGCUGGGUCACAUCUCCUUCGUCUCCCCCUUCCCCUCCCCGUCUUCGAACUCUUUUCCGCCCGGCAGCUUUCCCGCGACAAUCACCGAGCUGAAAACCGCCGUCCUGGCCAAUCCCAAUUCCGCUGCGCAAGAAAAAGACACCCACCGUGACCUGGGAAUCGGAACACUGGCGCUAUUCCAAAGCUCGCCGGAUGUAGAGCGGUACUUUUGCCGGCGGUGCGCGGCAUCAGUCUUCUUCGCCGUACACGACACCGAUAGGAUGGAUAUGGUGGAUAUUGCGGUUGGAUUGCUCCGGCAUCCGGACGGGGCGAGGGCCGAGGGGCUGUUGAGCUGGAAGUAUGGGAGUGUGGGGUGGAUUGAGGAUGUAAAGGGUGGGUGGAGGGAGGCGCUGGUCAAGGGUGCUGUGGAGGGGAGUGAGGCGUGGAGGGUUAGGGGUCAAAUUGGGACUGGGACUUCAGGGGGGGAUGAUAAGGAGUGA